UGGGGCCCGAGGCGCCGGGCGAGCACGCCGGGCGCGAGCCGCACGAACACGGGCCUGUGGCGCCCGGCUCUCCGGGCAGGCCCUCGCCGUGCACGGCUGGCGCCGUCCAGCACAUGGUGGGCCGUCUCCUCUGCGCGGCUCUGGCCGCCGCGGCCGCGGCCGCGGCCCUGCGAGCCUCGGCCGCGUUCCUGCCCGGCGCGGGCGCCGCUGCCGCCCAGCCGGCCCUCCGCGCGCUGCGCGGCGGCCCUGGCGGCGCGCCCGCGGAGCCGCGCGCCGCGGGGCUCGCGGGCGCCGCCGCCGCGGCCGGCGUGGCGGCGCUCGCCGCGGCGGGCGCGGCGGUGGCGGGCGCCGGCCUGCGCCGCGGCGCCUCGGCGAAGGCGCGGGUUGCCUCGCACGCCGUGCGGCGCGACCUCGCCGUGGCGUACGAGGACUCCGGCAUCGACCUGCUCGACAAUGGCCAGUUCGCCCAGGGCCUGGUGGGCGCGGAGGGCGCGUGGGGCCGCUACGAGUUCGACCCGGCCGGGUUCAGCAGGUACACGGAGUUCGUCCCCUGGUUCCGCGAGGCGGAGCUGAAGCACGGCCGCAUCUGCAUGCUCGCGUGGCUGGGCCUGGUCGCGCCAGACUUCGUGCGCAUCCCUGGCGAGCGCUACUCCUUUGAGGCCGUGCCCUGCGUGCUGGACGCCCACGACCGCCUGAACGGCAGCGUGGGCGUUAACGUCCAGAUCCUCAUUUUUAUCUCGGUCGUGGAGCUUUGCUGCGCCAAGAAGGUCUUCGAGUGGAACUCCGUGGAGUGCGCGGGCGACUACAACUUCGGCAUCCAGUUCCUUCCCAAGGACGAGGAGGGACAGAAGCGCCUGCGCCUGGCCGAGCUGAAGAACGGACGCCUGGCCAUGAUCGGCUUCGGCGGCGCCGUCACCCAGGCGGUCCUCACGCACAACCCGUUCCCGUGGCUCUACUGA